ACCUUUAAGGAAGCGCGGGGAUUGCCGGGAAGGCCGGCGGGAUGGAGGCGGCGGCCCCGGCUCACGGCGGCUGGUCCGGGUGAAGCUGGGCGGGAGCCGGAGCCGGAGCCGCAGCCGCAGCGGGAGCGGGAGCCGGGCCCGAGCCGGAGGCGCAGGCCCGGCACCCCUCUGCCCGCCCCCUCGCUUUCGCAGGCGGCGGCGCGGCCAUGGCCACGAUGGUGCUUCCGCGGGAGGAGAAGCUGAGCCAGGAUGAGAUCGUGCUGGGCACCAAGGCCGUCAUCCAAGGGCUGGAGACCCUGCGCGGCGAGCACCGCGCGCUGCUCGCGCCCCUGGGUGCCCACGAAGCCCCCGAAGCGGAGCCCGGCGUCCAGGAGCGCUCGGUCCUGCUGCGGCGCUCCCUGGAGGCCAUCGAGCUGGGGCUGGGCGAGGCGCAGGUGAUCCUGGCGCUGUCGAGCCACCUGGGGGCCGUGGAGUCGGAGAAGCAGAAGCUGCGCGCGCAGGUGCGGCGCCUGGUGCAGGAGAACCAGUGGCUGCGCGAGGAGCUGGCCGGGACGCAGCAGAAGCUGCAGCGCAGCGAGCAGGCCGUGGCGCAGCUCGAGGAGGAGAAGCAGCACCUGCAGUUCAUGAGCCAGAUCCGCAAGCUGGACGAGGACGCCUCCCCCAGCGAGGAGAAGGGCGACGUCCCCAAGGACUCCCUGGAUGACCUGUUCCCCAACGAGGAGGAGCAGAGCCCAGCCCCCAGUCCUGGCGGAGGGGACGUGGCCGCCCAGCAUGGGGGCUACGAGAUCCCAGCGCGCCUGCGCACGCUGCACAACCUGGUCAUCCAGUACGCAUCGCAGGGCCGCUACGAGGUGGCCGUGCCACUCUGCAAGCAGGCUCUGGAGGACCUGGAGAAGACGUCGGGCCACGACCACCCCGACGUGGCCACCAUGCUCAACAUCCUGGCGCUGGUGUACCGAGACCAGAACAAGUACAAGGAAGCGGCCCACCUGCUCAACGAUGCUCUGGCCAUCCGAGAGAAGACCCUGGGCAAGGACCACCCAGCUGUGGCCGCCACGCUCAACAACCUGGCCGUGCUGUACGGCAAGAGGGGCAAGUACAAGGAGGCCGAGCCCCUGUGCAAGCGGGCGCUGGAGAUCCGCGAGAAGGUCCUGGGCAGGUACCACCCGGACGUGGCCAAGCAGCUGAGCAACCUGGCCCUGCUGUGCCAGAACCAGGGCAAGGCCGAGGAGGUGGAGCAGUACUACCGGCGCGCGCUGGAGAUCUACGCCGCCCGCCUCGGGCCCGACGACCCCAACGUGGCCAAGACCAAGAACAACCUGGCCUCCUGCUACCUGAAGCAAGGCAAGUACCAGGACGCCGAGGCGCUGUACAAGGAGAUCCUGACGCGCGCGCACGAGAAGGAGUUCGGCUCGGUGAACAGUGACAACAAGCCCAUCUGGAUGCACGCGGAGGAGCGAGAGGAGAGCAAGGAGAAGCGGCGGGACAGCGCCCCCUAUGGGGAAUACGGUAGUUGGUACAAAGCCUGUAAAGUGGACAGCCCCACGGUGAACGCCACGCUGCGCAGCCUGGGGGCGCUGUACCGGCGCCAGGGCAAGCUGGAGGCCGCACACACACUGGAGGACUGCGCCAGCCGCAGCCGCAAGCAGGGCCUGGACCCCGCCAGCCAGACCAGGGUGGUGGAAGUGCUGAAGGACGGCGGCGGUGGCCGGGGGGAUCGCAGGGGCGGCCGUGACGCGGGGACCCGGCCCGAGGCUGAGCUGGACGAGGCGGGGCCGGCAGCAGAGUGGAGUGGGGACGGCAGCGGGGCCCUGCGGCGCAGCGGAUCCUUCGGGAAGCUCCGAGACGCCCUGAGGCGCAGCAGCGAGAUGCUGGUGAAGAAGUUGCAGGGCGGCGGGCCCCAGGAGCCCCCGAACCCCAGGAUGAAGCGGGCCAGUUCGCUCAACUUCCUCAACAAGAGCGCGGAGGAGCAGGUCCAGGCUGGAAGCACAGGCCUCUCGGAUAGUCGCACGCUCAGCUCCAGCUCCAUGGACCUCUCCCGACGCAGCUCCCUGGUGGGCUAACUCCGACGGGGCGCCCAGGCCCAGCACUGCCCCCCGCCCACCGCCCCGCGCCUGGGCUGCUCCUCCGCCUGUGUCUCCCCGAGCCCCCGUCUCUUCUGUUCAAUCUCAGGGUAACCCCCCCCCUGCCAUCUCCGCCUGAGCCCCGGUCGCUGGGCCUGCCUGUUCCGGAUCGAUCCCUAAUUUAUUCCUGCCCGCACUCCCGGCCAGCAGCGCGGGCCAGCUGCUCUCGCAGCAAGAGCCACAGCCCCACCGAGGCCCCAGACUAAGAACACUCAGCACCCCACCCUCCCCUCCCGGCCGUUGCUUGUGUAUAUAGAGAAAUAAGUUAUUGGCCGUGCAGCCCCCCGUACCCCGGUGUUCCCUGGCCUCCCCUGCCCCCCUCUAGUGGUACCGCCCAGGCCUUAAUCACCCCCAUUCCGCACGGUGGUAUCUCCCAGGCUCCACUUGGGCGGUGGUGACCCCCCCCCAGGGUCCCCUGGUCCCUCUUGCGCUGCUCCUGGCCCACGAGAGGAGACCGCACCCCGUGGCCCUCACUGCUGGGCCCUGCCCUGCACCCCAGCCUUAUGCACUGCCCCUCCCUCCCAGGCAUGGCCUGACCCCGGCCCGGGCACCGCGUGCCCCAGCCAGCCUGCCACUCUCCCCCCACGCCUGCAGCUUUACCUGGGACAGUGAUGGCUCCCUGGGGCCCAGAGGCUGCUCCGAGGGGCCUGCGGGGAGAAGGUCGCUCUCAUUUCAACUGUUGCUAUGGAAAUAAAGACGGUUUGAAUCUGGA